ACAUGCAUGUAGAAUGUGGUUCUUCUACAACAAGUCACCUUAUUUGAAAAGUUUUUGGCUUUGCAUACAAUUUCUUUGUUUUUCUAUCAAAUAAAAAUAAAAGGAGAGAUUUUGGUUUAUAUAUAAAUAUACUGCCCUGCAGCCCUGCUAGUCGGUAGAGCUUUGGCCGUGUUUGCUUUAAGUCUAGCUGAUAUGUCUAGUAAUACUAAAAGCUUAAGUAGCACAAGUUGCAGUGAGGAUGAAAGUGAGCUAAGGAGAGGGCCAUGGACUCUUGAAGAAGACACUCUUCUGAUUCAAUACAUAGCUCGUCACGGUGAAGGCCGAUGGAAUUUGCUAGCAAAACGUUCAGGGUUAAGGAGAACUGGCAAGAGUUGCAGACUGAGAUGGUUGAAUUAUCUGAAACCGGAUGUUAAGCGAGGAAAUCUAAGUCCAGAAGAACAGCUCUUGAUUCUUGACCUCCACUCAAAGUGGGGCAACAGGUGGUCCAAAAUUGCGCAGUAUUUACCGGGUAGAACGGACAACGAAAUCAAGAACUACUGGAGAACAAGGGUGCAGAAACAAGCACGGCAUCUUAAAGUUGACACCAACAGCACAGAAUUCCAAAAUAUUAUAAGGUGCUUUUGGAUGCCAAGAUUGCUGCAGAAGAUAGGAGGAGAAUCAGCGUUUUCUUCCCCCAUGUUAAUCCAAAACCAGAUGGCUUUGCAGCCUCUUGACAAUGUUUCUCAGCAUUUAACAGCAGCAACAGCAUCACCUCCACAAAUUCCUGGGCAGGGAGCUCUUAAUAUGAGUGGAACAAUAUACAAUUUGGAUAGCAUCCAAAAGCAGAACGCAGAGUCAGAGUUCUGCACCAGUUCCUGCAUUUUGCCUUCAGAACCAAUAGACAUGCCAAAGAUGUCUCAAUUUCCAGAAUGCCCUCCUAGUCCUUUUCAUGCCAUACUUAACAAUGAUAAUGCAAAGGGCGGCUUUUGUGUUGACAACAAUAGCUAUGACAUAGAAGCCUUCAAUCUGCAAGGGUCUGUUACAGCACAAGGGUUUGCUGGAAACUCUGCUGGUGAUUGCUACGUAGCAGAAAGCAACUGGCUUGACAGUGAUUUUUCAUGCGGCAUGUGGAGCAUGGACGAAUUGUGGCAAAGUAGGAGCUAACACCCCCACCACCACCACCACCACCAAAGAAAGAACCAAAAAGAAAAAGGAAAAAAAAGAGAGAGAGAGAGAGAGAGAGAAACAGAGGUUAUUUUUUUUGUACUCAAAGAGAGAAACAGAGAUUGAGGACCUUAUUUUUAGGACAACCCUCAAUCAACUGAUGACUUUUUUUAUACAGAUUUGUUUCUAGAUCAUCCAUAAAGUGAAAAGCAUUUGUUAAUUUUAUACCCAAACUCAAAA